UAGGAUGAAGACUUUUGGAGUCACAUGGAGCCAAUUUAUGAACCACAGUGCAGUCCUCCGCUCUGUGGAGACAUGUCCUAACACUGUAAUUUAACUCCCAUCCUAUUUUUCAUUUCAUUAGUAUCGAGUAUUUUUUAUUUCCCGGCGGUUUUUAAUCCAUUAUUUUUGUGUUGUUUUUGUUGUUGUUGUUUGGUUCGUACUUACUUUUCCCCCGGUGUGGACUUAAAGUGAGUGAGCACUCAGCAGACCGGUUCCUUCCUCCCUCCUUCACUUAGUUUGGACCAUGCUGCAAACUUUUUUGUUUUUAACCCGCACACGUGAAGCCUAGCGUGGAGUCAUGUGAAACUUUUUGACGUACCCCCCCGCCCCCCAAGGAAGGAAAUUAAAAGUUCGGCAUUAUUUUUUGUUUACUCACAAUGACGGAGGAGAGCAGAGGGGAGCACAGGGCUGAAAGCGGGAAGGACCUGGAGAAGCAGCUGCGAUUGCGAGUCUGCGUCCUAAAUGAACUUUUAAAGACUGAGCGGGAUUAUGUUGGCACUCUCGAGUUUCUCUCGGUGUUUCUACAUCGCCUCAACCAGUACGCGGCCACGAAACUCGACAAGAACAUCACAGAGGAAACGGUUAAGGUUUUGUUCUCCAACAUCGAGGAGAUCCUGGCCGUUCACAAAGACUUCCUGUCCAUGGUGGAGGAGCUGCUGCAGCCUGACCCUCACGCUCACCAUGAAAUCGGACGCUGCUUCUUGCACUUUAAAAGCCGCUUCCAGAUUUAUGACGAAUACUGCGGGAACCACGAGAAGGCCCAGCGGCUGCUGCUGGAGCUCAACAAAAUAAGGAGCGUCCGGACAUGUUUACUGAACUGCAUGUUGCUCGGAGGGCGGAAAAACACAGAGGUCCAGCUGGAAGGUUACCUGGUCGCUCCUAUUCAGAGGAUCUGCAAGUACCCGUUGCUGCUCAGAGAGCUGCUGAAGAGGACUCCGAAGAAGCAUAAUGACUACGCCAUGGUGCAGGAGUCCCUGCAUGUGAUGAAGGCCGUGUGCUCCAGCAUCAACGAAGCCAAGCGGCAGAUGGAGAAGCUGGAGAUUUUGGAGGAGUGGCAGUCUCACAUCGAGGGUUGGGAGGGCUCCAAUAUCACAGACACGUGCACGGAGAUGCUCAUGCAGGGCAUCCUGCUGAAGAUUUCCGCCGGAAACAUCCAGGAGAGGAUCUUCUUCCUGUUCGAUAAGCUUCUGGUCUACUGCAAGAAGAAAAACAGGCGUUUAAAAAACAGCAAGGCGUCCACCGAAGGGCCUCGCUACCUGUUCAGAGGGCGAAUCAACACCGAGGUGAUGGAGGUGGAAAAUGUGGACGAUGGCACGGCUGACUACCACAGCAGCGGGAACAUAGUGAACAACGGCUGGAAGAUCCACAACACGGCCAAGAACAAGUGGUUCGUCUGCAUGGCCAAGACGCCCGAGGAGAAGCAGGAGUGGCUGGAGGCGAUCAUGAAGGAGAGGGAGCGCAGGAAAAGCCUGAGGCUCGGCAUGGAGCAGGAUACGUGGUUGAUGGUGUCAGAGAAGGGAGAGAAGCUCUACCACCUCAUGACCAAGGGGAACCUCAUAAAGGACCGGAAACGCAAGCUCACCACCUUCCCCAAGUGCUUCCUAGGAAGUGAGUUUGUGUCGUGGCUGAUGGAAAUCGGCGAGACGGGGAACCCGGAGGAAGGAGUUCACCUGGGUCAAGCUCUGCUGGAAAACGGCAUCAUACACCACGUCACAGACAAACACCAGUUCAAGCCAGAGCCCGUGCUGUACCGCUUCCGCUACGACGACGGCACCUACCACCCCAGGAGCGACAUGCACGACGUCAUUUCCAAGGGUGUUCGACUCUUCUGCCGCCUCCACAGCCUUUUCACUCCGGUCAUCAGGGAUAAGGACUACCAUCUGCGGACGUACAAGUCAGUGGUGAUGGCCAACAAGCUAAUAGACUGGCUUAUUGCACAGGGCGACUGUCGGACGAGGGAGGAGGCGUUGAUCUUGGGGGUGGAGCUGUGCCACAACGGCUUCAUGCAUCACGUGUUGGAAAAGAGCGAGUUCAAGGACGAGCCUCUGCUCUUCCGCUUCUUCGCCGACGAGGAGAUGGAGGGCUCUAACACCAAGCACAAACCCAUAAAGCACGACCUGAAAAUAGUGGAGAACGUCAUCUCCAAGUCUCUGCUCAUAAGGCCCAACGAUGGAGGCUAUGGUUUCACGCUGGAGGAGAGGAACAGAGUCCCGAUAAUCAAAUGUGUGGAGAAGGGCUCCCCAGCUGAGAUGGCCGGCCUGGAGGUUGGAAAGAAGCUGUUUGCCAUAAAUGGGGACCUGGUGUUCCUCAGACCUUUCUCUGAAGUGGAAGUUCUCCUCAGGCAGUGUUUCAACAGCAAGAAACCCCUGCGGGUGCUGGUCAGCACCAAACCAAGGGAGACGGUGAAGAUCCCAGACUCGGCGGACGGGUUAGGUUUUCAGAUCCGUGGCUUCGGUCCGUCUGUGGUGCACGCUGUCGGGAGAGGCACGGUGGCAGCCAUCGCUGGCCUCCACCCGGGACAGUGCAUCAUCAAGGUGAACGGCAUCAACGUGAGCAAGGAGAGCCACGCCAGCGUCAUCGCCCACGUCACGGCGUGCAGGAAGUACCGGCGGCCCUCGCAGCAAGAUACCAUUAAAUGGGUGUACAACAACAACGAGAGCGCGCAGGACGGCAACCACAAGACCAACCAGAGAGCCACCACUGAGGAGAACGGCGACGGCUUCGACUGCAAAGUGGAAGAGGUGAUGGACAAGUUCAACACGAUAGCCAUCAUUGACGGGAAGAAGGACCACGUGAGUCUGACGGUGGACAACGUCCACCUGGAGUACGGAGUGGUGUACGAGUACGACAGCACGGCCGGCAUCAAGUGCCAGGUGCUGGAGAAAAUGGUUGAACCGAAAGGAUUCUUCAGCCUCACUGCAAAGAUCCUGGAGACGCUGGCACGCAACGAUGACACGCUGGUGCAGAUGUGUGGCAGGUUGAGCUCCAGCUGUGACGUGAUCCCCGAGGAGCUGCAGCAGCGCUUCAGUGCCAUGUGCGGUGACAGGGUGGAGCACAUCAACCGGCGCAUCACCAACUACAGGAAGUUUGCCAGAGUCCUGAAGAACAGAGCGUGGCCCACCUUCAAGCAGGCCAAGGCCAAGGUGUCUCCUCUCCACAGCAGCGACUUCUGCCCCACAAACUGUCACAUCAACGUGAUGGACGUCUCCUACCCCAAAACCACCACCUCUCUGGGCAGCGCCUUCGGCGUGCAGCUGGACAACCGGAAACACACGCCGGAGAAGGGACGACGCAGCAGUGCCGAGCAAGGGAAGCUGAGCCCCAUGGUCAACGUCCAGCACACCAUCACCACCAUGGCAGCGCCGUCGGGUCACAGCCUGGGCAGGACAGAGGGACACGGCCUCCGCUUCCUGCUCAGGGAAGACGACCUGCUCACGCUGGACGCGUACCAGAAACUCCUGUACAAACUCACCACCGUUGUCACGGAGAUGGAGACGCACGGGGCCCACAUUCACGACAUUCUGUCCUCCAUCACGCACCCUCCGACGUCAGAGGUGAGGACCCCAGAGAGUUACAUCUCUGCAGAGAGCGAGGGGGAGAAGGGCGAGCGCAACGGCAAGAAAGUGUGUUUUAACGUCGCCGGGGACGAGCAGGAGGACUCUGGACACGACACAAUCAGCAACAGAGACUCGUACAGUGACUGUAACAGCAACAGAAACUCCAUCGCCUCCUUCACCAGUAUCUGCAGCAGCCACUGCAGCUCCUAUGUUCACAGUGACGACAUGGACUCAGGCGAUGAGAUGCCCUCCAGCGUGUGGCUGUCCCACGAUAAGCAGAAGAAACUUCACAGCUUCCUGGAGCAUUUGUUCAGCCAGGUGGACUGCAUCACCAGCAUGCUGAGAGGAGCGGUGGUCGCUCGGGCCUUCGAGCAGACAAAGUGCUUCACACCUGGAAGAGGAUUACAGGAGUUUCAGCAGGAGAUGGAUCCCAAGGUGAACUGCACCAAGAAGCUGCGUCUCCAUGUCAAGCAGGAUCCUUGGAACCUUCCCAGCAGCGUUCAGGCUCUCACACAAACCAUCGCUAAAUAUGUCGAAGAGGUGAAGACGAGACUGCUCUUGGUUUUACUGCAGUACACAGACUCGGAGAUCCAGCUGCGUCGAGACAUGGUGUUCUGUCAGUCUCUCGUCGCGGCCGUGUGCGCCUUCACGGAGCAUCUCCUCGCCGUCCUCAACCAGUUCCACAGUGUGAACAGAGAGACGGAUCAGGACGGCUCUGACCCCCAGGACCUUCAGGAGGCUCAGGAAGUCAGCCGCCGCUGGCUGGAGCAGAUUGCCAGUGCGGGGCUUCUCUUCCACUUCCAGUCCCUGCUUUCCCCCAAUCUGACUGAUGAGCAGGCCAUGUUGGAGGACACUCAGGUGGCUCUUAUUGACCUGGAGAAGGUCACGUUCUACUUCCGGCAGUUUGAAGGGGAGCCACUGGUGGCCAACAUGCCCGUCUCGUACCAGGUGGAGGGCGCCCGUCAGACUUUGAAAGUCUGCUUCUACAUGGAGAGCUUUUACUUCUCUCAGCUGCCUCUCAGGCUGAGAAACGGAGGCGGCAUCAAGAUCUACCCUGUGCUCUUCACACAAGCGCUGGAGAGCAUGGAGGGCUACUACUACAGAGACAACGUGUCAGUGGAGGAAUACCAGGCCCAGAUCAAUGCUGCUUCACUGGACAAGGUCAAACAGUACUACAAGAGACUGAGGGCGUUCUACCUGGAUCAGUCCAAUGUGCCGCCCAGCUCUGCACCCAAAGCUGCCCUCAUAGAUAAGCUAAUGCGGCCCCUCAACGCUGUGGAGGAACUCUACCGUCUGAUGGAGAGUUUUAUCAGUUGCCGCCGCACCGCUGCCUGUCAGUACACCGCCUGCGGGGCUUCUGGAGUGGGGCUGCUCACCGUGGCCUCUGAGCUCUGCUCUCGUCUGGGAGCCACACACAUCGUCAUGUGCAACAGCGGCGUUCACCGCUGCACCCUGAGUGUGACGUUGGAGCAGGCCAUCCUGCUGGCCAGAAACCACGGCCUGCCACCUCGCUGCAUCAUGCAGGCCACGGAUGUCAUGAGGAAACAGGGCGCGAGAGUUCAGAAUUCUGCCAAGAACCUGGGAGUGAGGGAUCGCACGCCGUCAUCAGUCCCAAGGUUGUAUAAGCUGUGCCAGCCUCCGCCCCCAGACGGCGACCCAUAAUGCACUGCACCCAGGAAGAUGCUGGAAGGUUCCGGGGGCAGGGUUGUUUUCUUUUUCCUCCACCCCUGAAGGAUCAAACUUUAUUAAAAAAAAACAACAACAGUUAUCAAGCAUUUUUUUUGUUUGUGGAGAAUCAUAACUGCCUUAAGUGUAAAUAGAAGUUUGGAAAGAAGAAAAAAAAAGGUAAAUAGUAUUUUUAAUGCUUCAUAUCAUGUCACGGCUGUACUGUAUAUGUAUUUCUGUUUUUACUGAAAUCUGACCGAGAGAAGAGAAAAAAAAAGGUUAAAUGAGCUCAAAAACUAAAAAACGAUGCUUGUUUUCACGAGGGAUAAAUGAUAAAUGUCACACCAUUAGUUUAACUUGCAAUAAUAAGCGAGAUAAACUCACCAACAGUAUAUUUGUCCAGAUUAGCGCUUGCUCCUCUUCUGCUAUCGUCAGUAUUCCAUAACUCCUAAAAAUGUGUAUUUUCUAACACAAACAUUUUUUAUUUGCUUGUAAAUAUACAAAUUUAGGACAGAGUCAUGCUUUUGUUUGUCAGAUAUUUUAAAUUUGUAUGACAUGUGCAUGCAUAUGAAGAUUUUUUUGUAUUGUUUAUCAGUAUUAACAUACAGUACAGUAGUAUUUUCAAAGUAGAUCUAUGAGUUACAGCAUAUUCUGUUAUUUUCUAUGGACAGUACUCAGGAAAUAAAGUAUCUUUCUAUCUUA